GAGUCUGAGUCCGAGUCCAGAAAGUCCGUUCUUGUUUAUUUGCGCUUUCUCCUUCUCCAAGCAACGAACACCAGAAACUCAGGAGAGAGAAAGAGAAAGCAAAGCAGCGAAAGUAGAAGCGCGGUAGCCAUGGAAGCUCAAGAAGGUUCACAGAACGAGCAUCUCAAGCUCGCUAACAAAAUCUUUCACCUAACUCAUCCAGAUGUUGAGGACAUCGAGAAAGUUAGUCUGAAGGAAGAGGUUUUAUCUGCAAUCAAAUCUAACUUUAUGGUAUCACUGUAUGAAACCCUAGCUGGUAAUGGGGUUUUAGAGUUGGAUCAGGCGCUGCUUGAUUCGAUGAGGCAAAGCAUUGAGGAUGAGCUAAAGAAGCUUGAUGAGAAGAUAGCUGACGCUGAAGAGAAUUUGGGCGAAAGUGAAGUUCGAGAAGCUCAUUUGGCCAAAUCUCUAUUUUACAUAAGAAUUGGGGAUAAGGAUAAAGCAUUGGAACAGCUCAAGGUAACUGAGACCAAAACUGUUGCAGUUGGGCAGAAAAUGGAUCUGGUGUUCUUUACUCUUCAAGUUGGAUUGUUUGACAUGGACUUUGACCUGAUUUCCAGAAGCAUAGAUAAAGCCAAAAAUUUGUUCGAGGAGGGAGGUGAUUGGGAAAGAAAGAAUCGAUUGAAGGUGUAUGAGGGGUUGUAUUGCAUGUCUACCCGAGAUUUCAAGAAAGCAGCUAGUUUGUUUUUGGACUCCAUCUCAACUUUCACAACAUACGAGCUGUUUCCUUAUGACACCUUUAUAUUCUACACUGUCCUUACCAGUAUCAUUUCCCUUGAUAGAGUUUCCUUGAAACAAAAGGUUGUGGAUGCUCCUGAGAUAUUGACUGUGAUCGGAAAGAUCCCUUAUUUAUCUGAGUUCCUGAAUUCACUUUAUGAUUGCCAAUACAAGUCAUUUUUCUCAGCAUUUGCUGGUCUGACCGAACAGAUAAAGUUUGACCGCUAUUUGCAUCGACACUUCCGCUAUUACAUGAGGGAGGUCAGGACUGUUGUCUACUCUCAGUUUCUGGAGUCGUACAAAAGUGUUACAAUUGAGGCAAUGGCCAAGGCUUUUGGUGUAACCGUGGAGUUUAUUGACCUGGAGUUGUCUCGUUUUAUUGCUGCAGGAAAACUGCACUGCAAAAUCGACAAGGUGGUCGGCGUGUUGGAGACCAACCGGCCAGAUGCCAAAAAUGCUCUGUAUCAGGCAACCAUAAAGCAAGGGGAUUUCUUGCUCAAUAGAAUCCAGAAGCUUUCUCGUGUUAUUGAUUUGUAAACUUUUAGCUACUUGUAUUCAACUUGUAUUUCGGGAUUUAAGUGUUAAUGUUUCUGCAUUAUUUUUGGAGAAAAUUAGCCAUUGCUAAUUAAUUUUUCAAUUUUAUUUAAGUUCGUCCUUUCCUUGUCAA